UGGUGGAGGUGCUGUCCUGUUACAGUUGUGGCGAGAUCCGGCACUAUAGUAGGGAAUUCCCUGGCAAGAACUGAGGAUUAAUCACUUUCAAACAUUCCCUUAGAUUUCUUUUGUUCCACCUAAUAUUGAUAGCUGCAUGUGCUAUGUGUUAGUAUGUAUAAGCUGACAUAACACAGGGUGCCAUUUGAAAUAUCCUGAAAUCGUCCGGAGGCACUAAAAAACUAUUGAGCUUGCUUCGCCGGUGACAAUGAUUUGGACGUGUAAUGCAGUAGCACAAGAGGCCCCGUCCACCGUCCCACGUGAGACUUGCCGACCCGAUCCAGCACCGCUCUCAUCACUUCCUAUGAUGCUGACUCCAACCCUCGGUACCUUAACAGAGACUGGUCACGUAUGUAGAUCUGAGAGCUUUAGCUACUAGCACAAGAGACAUCUCGUCCGAGCUUACUUGCAUGAGAACAAACAUAAACAAGAAGAUAUGUAUCAUCUCCUCUACAAUAGCUUCGCCUUUUCUUUUGCAACAUCCAAACAUUGAGGUCAUUACAUGCUUUGCUAAAGGGUAAGUCAACAUUGACAUGACGCGAGCUUUUCCUCAGGUGUGAUCUGAUCCAAACGAACUGCUUCUGUCGGUGCAUUGGCUAUUCUCUCACGUCUCUGCGAGCUCCUCUUUUCCACCCUAUCAGACGCUGUGAUCCAACAACACUGCUUUAAGAAUCGAUGAUGCACGGCCGAGAUGUGGGCAGAUGACGAUCAGACGGGUUUGUCUAUCUCCUCACACGUCUUCUCCUCCGAGAAAUUGGUCGCGAUGCGUCCCUCUCUUCCACCACUCCAAUCCACCUCUUCUCUCGUUGUUCUUCUUGUUGUGUUGGUGUUAGCGUCUGGUUCCUCGCCGGGUGUCCUUUCUGCUACGUUCACGGUGACGAACAACUGCGCCUACACGGUGUGGCCGGGCGUCCUCGCCAGCGCUGGUUCGGCCCCGCUCGCCACCACAGGCUUCGCCCUCGCCCCUUCAGAGUACCGCACACUCGACGCCCCCGUCCCAUGGUCCGGCCGCCUCUGGGCCCGCACUAUCUGUGCCGCUGACCCUGCUUCCGGCCGCUUCUCCUGCGCCACCGGCGACUGCGGCUCCGGCUCAUUGGAGUGCUCCGGGGGCGGCGCGGCCCCUCCCGCCACCCUCGCCGAGUUCACCCUGGGCGGCAGCGGCGGGACCGACUUCUACGACGUCAGCCUCGUGGACGGAUCCAACGUGCCCAUGCUGGUAGUCCCGCAGAGUGGGUCUCCCGGGGGUAGCUGUGGGCCCACGGGGUGUCUGGUGGAUCUCAACGGGUUGUGCCCCGCGGAGCUGCGGGUGGCGCAGCCCGGCGGGGAGACGGCUGCGUGCCGGAGCGCGUGCGAGGCGUUCCGGACCGCGAGGUACUGCUGCAGCGGCGAGUUCGGCAGCCCCGGCACGUGCGGCCCGACGGCGUACUCACAGUUCUUCAAGAACGCGUGCCCCAGGGCGUACAGCUACGCUUACGACGACGCGACCUCCACGUUCACCUGCCCCACCGCCGCCACCGCCGGCUACACCGUCACCUUGUGCCCCAGCACCACCAGUCUCAAGUCCAUGGGCUACGGGAAUCAGAUGGCAGGAGGCCUGCCGCUGAUCAACAACACGAUGCCGCCGCUGUUAAGCUCGCCGAAUCGCGCCGCGCGGCGGUGGCCGACCAUGUCGCCAGCGAGCCGAGGCCUCCUCUGCCUUGCAGUCGCGGUGGCGCUGCAGCUGCAGCUGCUCCACCUGCCUUGAACCUCUCGCCACAGCACAUGCAGGUACCCGUUCUGCGUGCGAUCAUGCACGUGAACGCCAUGCUGCGCCAUUGCAGCGCCAGCAUCCAUGCAGGCGUUUGCUCCCUAUUCACGAGGUGUACGGCACAUUCGCAAGCCGACAUCUUUGCACUGUUAAGUCUGGAGCCGAUGCGCAUCCGCAGGUUCUUUCUUGAGAUAUCGAUGUACAGUUCAUUAAAACCUAUUUCUUGCCGCAAGCAUGUUGUGGCUCUCCAAGACUGUAUCUCGAAUGGCCCAAACCCCGUUGAGGUUGACUGAAUCAGACUUGGUGGAA